CUGCUGACGUGUGCCGGCCAGGAAGGGGGUCGGGAGCGUAGGUCGCGAUGGCGGUGGAUAUCACGCUGCUGUUCCGGGCCAGCGUCAAGACCGUGAAGACGCGCAACAAAGCGCUGGGAGUGGCAGUGGGCGGCGGGGUCGAUGGCAGCCGCGACGAGCUGUUCCGCCGGAGCCCCCGGCCCAAGGGCGACUUCUCCAGCCGGGCGCGGGAAGUGAUUUCACACAUUGGCAAACUGAGAGAUUUUCUUCUGGAACAUAGGAAAGAUUAUAUUAAUGCUUAUAGCCACGUCAUGUCUGAAUAUGGAAGGAUGACAGACACAGAACGAGACCAGAUAGACCAGGACGCUCAGACGUUCAUGAGGACCUGCUCUGAAGCGAUUCAGCAGCUGAGAACUCAAGCCCACAAGGAGAUACACUCCCAGCAAGUGAAGGAGCACAGGAGCGUGGUUCUGGAUUUCAUUGAAGAUUACUUAAAAAGAGUAUGUAAACUUUACUCAGAACAGAGAGCCAUCCGAGUUAAACGAGUGGUGGAUAAGAAAAGACUAUCUAAGCUGGAACCAGAGCCAAAUACAAAAACAAGAGAAUCCAUGUCUUCUGAGAAAGGUUCACAGCAUCCUUCACAAGAGUCUGAAGAAAAACCUGCUACUGAAGAAUACCCAGAAAAAGUUCCAGCCGAAUCACAACCUGAACUGGGCACCUGGGGAGAGGGCAAAGGUGACGAUGAAUUAUCCCCAGAAGAAAUACAAAUGUUUGAACAAGAAAACCAGCGCCUCAUUGGUGAAAUGAAUAGCCUGUUCGAUGAAGUGAGGCAAAUUGAAGGGAGAGUGGUUGAAAUUUCCAGACUCCAGGAGAUUUUCACAGAGAAGGUUUUACAACAGGAAGCCGAGAUUGACAGCAUUCACCAGUUAGUAGUCGGAGCAACUGAGAAUAUCAAGGAGGGUAAUGAAGACAUCAGAGAGGCCAUUAAAAACAACGCUGGCUUCCGAGUGUGGGUCCUCUUCUUCCUGGUGAUGUGCUCCUUCUCCCUGCUCUUCCUGGACUGGUAUGACAGCUAGCCUGUCCUGGCUGCUCCUGGCGGAUGGCGCGUGGUCAAGGGUUGCCGGGAUCGGAGCAGGACUGUGCAAUUUCAUCACUGCGCCGUUCAGGGGGGAGGGGGCUGGGACUGAGGCACACUCUCACAGAAGGAACACCCAGACCUGUGGUUUUAAGCCCAUUUGGUAGCGGAAAGAGAAAAUAACACAAGUGGAACGCGGCCUAUAUAGCAGCAAUCCUGACUUGAGGUGGGUGAGGUGGGGGUGAAGGGGCUCACCGGCUGCACCUACAGCUGGAGGCCCGGGGCUCAGGGAGGCUCCUGCCUUGCCCUUCCAGUGGCUUCGGGGAGAAGUGCCGGUUGGUAACUUCUCACAAUGGUCAUUUCUUUGUUUCCUGUGGCUUCUUCUCUGCCUGAGCCCUGUGAUAGCCUCACUAUAUUCUAGAAGCAAACCUUUGUGCUGUUAAUGUAAUAAAUGCACCUAGAGCUACUUCGUGUCCUGUCAGUGGGUCACAGAAGUGCAGUGGACACCUGCCUGCUGGGUGGGGAAGAAGGUGGGGACAGACUCUGGGCACUCAGGUGGGGGCCACGGGAACUUGUGUCCAGAGCUGGAACCUGGCCUACAGCUCCCUGACCUGUGUGCCUGACCCUUGAAGAAACAGGAGCACCGGUUUGCAGUGGGAAGCUCAAGACUUCUGGAGCCACUUCUGUGCAGAAAGCUCGCUGGUGGUCCAUGGGGCCCCACACCCAUGUGCGAUACUGACUGUCGCACAGCUGCGGGCUCCUUGUGUUCCUUGUUUGCACAGAGCGGAAGUGUCAGAAGUUACCUGUGAGUGAGUUUACAGCCAAUAAAACAUCUAGAUGGUA